GUAACCCCGCUCCCCCAGGACUGGAAGCCAAUACUCCAGUUUGGGAGUAACUUGGUAAAACAAAACCAAACUGUUGGUGAGCCGGAAUACACCUAGCCUCGGCUUCCUUGCUGGUAGAAUGGAGCUGUUGCUGUGCAGGGGGCUAAGAUGGGUCGCCGAGCUCAACCGGAGCCACCCCAGGCUGAGCAUUACUUCAACAGCAAGAAUUCUUCCUUGGCUCAGACCGGAGAGGCUCCCCCACCAAAACCACCUCGAAGGCAGGGAGGCUGGGCAGAUGACUCCAUAAAGGUGUCCAAAUUGGGAAAGAAGAAUUCUGAGGAGAUGGAAGAUCGCCGCCUCAGACAACAUAACGUAACUGGAUCAGACGAAGGAGAAGAUCUACCCCAGGUGACCAUGCCAGAGUCACUGGUGAAAGCCCCAGAUAUCCCCGUGAUUCCAGAUCUGGAAGAUGUGCAGGAGGAGGACUUCGUGCUGCAGGUGGCAUCCCCACCGAGCAUCCAGGUCAACCGAGUGAUGACCUACCGUGACCUGGACAAUGACCUCAUGAAGUACUCAGCCUUUCAGACUUUGGAUGGAGAAAUUGACCUGAAGCUCCUCACCAAAGUGCUGGCGCCAGAGCACGAAGUACGAGAGGAUGACGUAGGCUGGGACUGGGACCACCUGUACACUGAGGUGUCCUCAGAGCUCCUCACAGAGUGGGACCUGCAGCGAUCGGAUAAGGAGGACCCUGUGGGGCCAUCCAGGCACACUUGACCCAGGAACAUCACCAGGCACGUGAAGAAAUGCACGAAGUCUAAAGCCAAGGGAGCCUGCAAGCAGCGUAGAAUUUUUAUAUAGAAUGUUUUCUAAUAAAAUAUUUAUUUUCAAUAAACCACAUUGGAGCAUUCGGUUCAAUAAAUGGCUUUAUUCUGUA